AUCCAUUCGGGGAAGAAUUCGUCGGACUUGCAGCGCCGAAGCUCGCCAUCAUCUCGAUCAGGAUGCGCAUCGGCUAUUACCGGCUCACCGCGCGAGCUUUCUCCUCCACUGCUUCAGGAGCUAGCUUGCAUGAAUCUCCGCGAAAUGGCCUCGCGCCCUGACGUUGGACACGCCGGUCGUCAAAUCCUCGUCCGUUCGAACUUCUUCGAAAUCGAUAUCGCGGCCAGUAAUUUAAUUGUGACACAGUAUCACGUGGAAAUUCAUCAUCCGGGUUCCAGGCGUCUCGAUAGGUAG